AUGAUGAUCUGUUAUAGUGAAAAGCGUCAUAUCAAAUAUGGUCGUGUACGUAAUUUUUUUAAUCGUAAGCCAAAAUAUAUUCAGGAUAGAAUAAUUUCAUCACGAUUUAUUGAUUAUACAUCAAUUUCAUGUCAUUUUACAAUUCCAGUUUUUUUACCUGAAGUUAUUUGUGUUAACAUAAUUAUUUUUAAUCGAGAUAAUGAUACGACAACAUCUCUUAAAAAUAUUUCAUUUGAUGAAAUUAUAAAAUUGAUCGCAUAUAAUAAACAAUUUUAUUAUGGUCCUAUGUUACCGUCACAUUUAACAAUUGUACCUACUGUUACUAACACUACUGACAACACCGAGGUAGCGAUGACCGAUGAACUGGUGAUGGUAGACAAUAAUGAUAAUGAAAUGUUUGAUCAAAAUAUUGUCGUACUAGAUGAAACUCUUUUGUAA